AUGCAGUUCUCCACCAUCUUCCUUGCCGCUAUCUACAGCGUUGCUGCUCUCGCCGCACCCUCCCCCGUCGCUGAUGCCACCGCCGAGGUCGAGCGCGCCAUCCUCGAGCGCCGCGCAUGCCGUGACGCCACCUACCGAUGCGGUAACAACAACCCCGAGGUUUGCCAGUUUGGCAUCUGGAUGCUGGCUGCCAAGUGCGGUGGCGGACAGAAGUGUGUCAUUGCUAAUGGCGCGCCUUACUGCCUUUAA